AUGUCGGGUACAGAUUCAAAUUGGUUCAAUGUUUUCAAAUUGGAAGACGAGCACGAGCACGAGCAUGGGCACAAACACGAUCCCAUCUUCAAGUUUGAUUUCCCUCAAGCAUCGACAAUACAGGGUUCUGCCAACGGUUUGCUUCUUCUGAAAAAUCCUUUUCUUGAUCAUCUUUACUUAUGCAAUCCGAUCACCCGUGAAUUUGUUGAGCUCAGUGGGCCCCACACUCGCCCUCGGGGUGAUUGUUAUGGAUUUGGCGUGGGCAAAAUAAGCGGACAACAUAAGGUUGUCUAUCUUAAUCCUAAAUCCAAAUGUCUUGUAUACGCUCUUGAAACAGGAUCCUCAUGGAGACGCAUUGAAGCUAUCCCCUCGUUCGAUCACUGUUACAGUUCUGUUGGUGCAUUUGUUAACGGCAAUCUCCAUUGGCUAGUUUCGAGUGGGCGGAAACCUCCUUAUAUUUGUUGUUUUGAUGUCGAGAUAGAAUGUUUUAGCACAUUAUCUGCACCUAUUGAAAGAUAUUAUGGAAAGUUGUAUACUUUAGGGGAUUGCUUGUGUUUUGGUGAAGCUGAACCAUAUGAAGACGAUCAUGUGAUCUGGUUGUUGAGGGAAUAUGAACAGGUCGAGAAUGGUUGGAGUGAUCUACAUGUUAUCUUGCCAAAAGAAUCUUAUUAUGGUACAGAUGGAUACAAUCAUUUUCAGUCUAUCAAAGUUUAUGCAAAUGGUGACAUGUUAAUUUUAUGGGAUGAGAAGCUGUUUGCAUACUAUUGCAACAAGGAGAAAAUCAUGCGAGAAAUUGGUUUGUUUGGUAAAUUGCAGGAUGAUUGUUUCUAUAUCAACUCUAUUCUUCUCGCUCCAAAUUUUCUUUCACUCAAAAUAAAUUUGGGUAUAGAGAAUGUCAUGUCACUUUAG